AUGGCAGCCAUCACCACCACUGGUCGCAAACUUCGGCCUCAGUCGACGCGUAUUGACCAGACCCGGACUAGAACCUCUUCGACCUCUCUCCCGGUAUCAUCAAACAACUCACUCUCCUCUUCUUGUUCAUCUUCCUCUUCCUCUUCUCCUUCCAGUACAAUCAAACGUGUGACGGUAAGCAGAUCACAAUCCACAACAAGAUCUUCCAGACCCACCACCAACCCGAAGAUCCCAGCAAGAAACAGCGCGUCAAGAUCUGAAGAGGUGAACAACGGUAGAACAAGAGAGGCGUUUGUUCGGUACUUGGAGCAACGUGAGCGUGGCAGUCUUCGUAAUUAUAACACUUCAUCUAAAGGUGCAAAACCGGGAGCUAGCUCACCAUCGGCGUGGGCAUUGUCACCUGGUAGAGUUUUGACGAUGAAAAAUUCUUCUUCUUCAAGCUCAGCUCCGGUGACUUCAAUGUGCCACACGCCGCCUGAGUCACCGGUGAGUAAAGCCAAGAUGAGAAGCGGUGGCGGUGGAGCCGUGGCAGGAGUUUUGAAGUACUUUAAGGCACAGAAGAAAGUAUCCCCGGUACAAGAGGAAAACUAUCACCGGUUUAGGAUUUUACAUAACAGAUUAAUUCAGUUAAGGUUUAUUAACGCAAGAACAGAAGCUACUAUGGCUAACCUUAAGGUCAACGUUGAGGAUCAAUUGUUUUGGGUUUGGCUUAGGAUAUACAAAAUGAGGAAGUACGUAGUGGAAAAUUUAAUUGAAGUUCAAAGGCUACGGCAAGAAAUUAAACUACGUCAAGUUCUGAGCCUCCAAAUGCCUUUACUCAAUGAAUGGUCCAAAUUGGAUGCCAAGAACUGUGAAGCGUUGAGCAAGCUAACUCGAAAACUGCACGCUUUGUCUGUUCGUGUACCACUCCUACAUGGUGCAAAGGUAGAUGUGGUGUCCAUACAUGAAGAAAUGGUCAAAGCUAUAGAAGUCAUGGAUGAGAUCGAAGACAUUGUCAUCAAGUUUCUCCCACGAGUUGAAAUAAUCAUGUCCGAGAUGACAGAAUUGCUCAGUAUUUUCAAACAAGAACUGUUAUAUUUUGAAGAGCUGGAGAAGAGCCUUUUCCUUAUUCCUGUCUUUGCGGCAAAGGAGAGUAGCUUAAAGGUUCAUUUACUUCAGAAGACUGAAGACCAGAGAAAACAUUAG